CGGAUUCUUAUCGCAUAGUUUGCCGCUCUAUGUCGAUGUAUCAAUCUCCUGCAUCGUGGUAUAACUCGGGUCCGUCCAGAAGUAUAUACUACGAGCAGAUUCGCUUGAUCGAUGCUACACAGCUUCGGUCAACUCAACCAGGAAACCCAGGUAACGAUCCCGGUGGACAAUUCAACAGCUCAGGGGCAAACAAGAAAUCUCGAUGUGUGUUUACUCACGCUCUACGGCCACAUUCUGUUCACCUCGACCAGUUAUACCUAUGCCCUCAACUAUUUUUUGCGGGCCCGCUCGCUCGAUCCUAUGAACCCGAUGAUAAACCUCAGCGUUGGACUUGGCUACAUCCAUCAUGGCUUAAAGCGGCAGUCGGAAAAUCGGCAAUACCUUAUUAUGCAGGGUCUUGCGUGUUUGUUCGAAUACGCGAGUUGUCGUAUGAAUGGCUCCGAUAGUCAGAGACGUGAGGCGCUUUUUACAGUGGCACGUUCGUUCCACAUGCUCGGUCUCCAUCACCUGGCACAUUGUUGGUAUCAAAGGGUUAUUGACGACCAGAGUAUUCAUCCAGGAGUAUCUCCUGGAGACCGUGAUACUGUUACUAAUGCAGCCUUUAAUCAGUAUAUCAUUCUGAUAACUAGCGAGGAGAACACUAAUUUAGAGGCGAGCCUUCUCUGUAGACUAGUUCUUUA